CACACACAUACACACACACACACACACAUAGACACUGCUACAGUUCUACAGCCUCAAUAACACAGACACCUAUACAGUCACACACUGCUACGGAUUCAAAGACUCAUCAACACACACACACACACACACACACACACACACACAUACAUACUCAUGUUGCGGGAGCUGCUGUUGGUGUGUGUGGUGGGCAGCGUGGGUGCAGCCGUGGGCACAGGUGUGUGUCCCUCCGUGUGCUCGUGUCAACAGGAAGGAGCGCUGCUGAUCACUGACUGCUCUGAACUCGGACUAUCAUCCGUCCCUGAGGAUCUAAACCCCCUCACCUCUUACCUAGAUCUCAGCAUGAACAACAUCAGUGAAAUCCAACCCAAUGCUUUCCACAACCUGCCCUUCCUCACUGAACUGCGUCUCUCUGGAAAUCAGCUACGACACAUCAGUGGCUCCGCCCUCCGUGGCCUCACCGGUCUCAAAAUCCUGAUGCUGCAGAACAACCAGCUGGAGAGACUGGAGAGUGAAGAUCCAUGGGAACUCCCCAACCUGCUUUCACUACGUCUGGACGCUAACCUCAUCACAGACGUUCCCACUCAGACAUUUUCAGGCAUGCGGUCUCUGCGCCACCUGUGGUUGGAUGACAAUGCGCUAACCGACAUCCCAGUGAGCGCGCUCAGUGACCUUUCAACCCUCCAGGCCAUGACCCUGGCCCUCAACCGCAUCACACACAUCCCUGACUACGCCUUCAGGAACCUGUCCAACCUCGUUGUGCUGCAUCUUCAUAACAACCUAAUCCAGACUCUGGGAGAGAACUGCUUCGAGGGCCUGCGCAGUCUCGAGACUCUCGAGCUGAACUUCAACACUCUUCAGGAAUUUCCCGUGGCCAUCCGGACACUGAACAAACUCCAGGAGCUGGGUUUCCACAACAAUAACAUCAGGGUGAUUCCUGAGAGAGCUUUUGUGGGGAACCCACUGCUGCAGACCAUUCAUUUUUACGAGAAUCCCAUCCAGUUUGUUGGAAGAUCUGCUUUCCAGUUCUUGCCACAGUUACACACUCUAUCUCUGAAUGGCGCCACUGAGAUACGGGAAUUCCCUGACCUGACAGGGACCACCAGCCUGCAAGUGCUCACUCUGACCCGAGCAGGUCUCACCAGUCUGCCACCUGAUCUCUGCCAACAGCUGCCCAAUCUCAGAGUGCUUGAGUUGUCUCAUAAUGCAGUCGAGGAUUUGCCAAGUUUUUACCGCUGUACUUCACUGCAAGAGAUUGGACUGCAGCACAAUAGGAUCAGGAGGAUUGAGCUGAACACGUUUCAACAGCUUGUAUCCCUUCGAUCACUUGAUCUGAGUUGGAAUCAGAUUGAGAUGAUCCACCCUGACGCCUUCACAUCUCUCCACUCCCUGCUCAAACUUGAUCUGAGUGAUAACCGGCUGUCCCGAGUCCCCCUGUCUGGCCUGAGCAGUCUUACUCACCUCAAACUGAAAGGAAACACACACCUGUCUCACUCCUUCAGAGAGGAAGAGUUGCCCAACAUCAGGGUAAUCGAGAUGCCCUAUGCCUAUCAGUGCUGCGUGUUUGGAGCAUGCAGCGGAUACAGAUCCGCUGCUCAGUGGGAGGAAACGGCAGGCACAGAGGAGGAGGAGCUUCAGAAAAGAGCACUCGGCCUCGUCCCAAUUCACUCUGACUAUGAUCCUGAUCUGGAGGAAUUCCAGGCAGCCAUUGAAGAGUCCAAACUCCAAACUAGCGUCCAGUGCACCCCUGUCCCAGGUCCGUUUAAGCCAUGUGACGCGCUGUUCGACAGCUGGUUGGUGCGAUUGGGGAUGUGGAUCGUUUCUCUCGUGUCUCUGCUGGCGAACGUUCUCCUUGUUCUCUCCGUCUUCGCCUCGCCCAGCUACCUCUCGCCUGUUAAGUUCAUCAUCGGCUCCAUCGGCGCUGCUAACCUGCUCACUGGGCUCUGUGUGUGUGUGUUGGCGCUAAUCGACGCUCUGACCUUUGGAGAGUUCGCUUCAUACGGUGCACGCUGGGAAACGGGCGCCGGUUGCCGAGCAACAGGGUUCAUCUCUGUGGCAGCAUCAGAAUCGUCCAUCCUGUUCCUGGUGCUCGCGGCGGUUCAGUGCAGCGUUUCCGUCUCGUUUGGGAAGUCACCGUCUCAUGGAAGUGUCCGAUGCGCCGCUGCAGUAUGCGUGACCCUUUCGCUGGUCUCUGCAAGCCUGCCGCUGCUGGGGGUUGGGAAAUUUGGAACCACACCCCUUUGUAUCCCCUCCCCUCUCCCAGAUGCCCCGCCCACCACACUGGGCUUCAUGGUAGCUCUGAUUAUGAUGAACUCUCUCUGUUUCCUGCUCAUCACAAGCACCUAUAUUAAGCUCUACUGGGAUCUGAUGAAGGGGAACUUCGACAGCGUGUGGGACUGCGCCAUGAUCAAACACGUCGCCUGGCUCAUUUUCACCAACUGCCUGCUUUAUUGCCCUGUUGCGUUCCUCACGUUCGCCUCCCUGCUCUCCCUCAUCCCCGUCAGUGAGGAUGUGAUCAAAUCCGUCCUGCUGCUGCUCCUCCCACUGCCAGCAUGCGUCAACCCGCUGCUUUACAUCCUCUUCAACCCGCAUUUCCGCGAGGACGCAAAGCUCCUCCUGAACCGAGCUCGCCUGGUGCAGGACCGCGUUCUCGACUCCUUCGUCUCUGUGGAGAUGGAGAAGAGCUCGUGCGACUCCACCCAGGCACUCGUGCCUUUUUGCUCCGAGGCAGAGGCGACGCUCGAGGGCUCAGUGCCACUCGUGCCAUGCCAGCUGCAGAUGACGAAUAAAGAAAAUGACAAAAAGGAGGAAAACGUUUGGAGCAAAAGGAUGGACAAUCAGAGAGGAAGCUCUCUCAUCUCUGGAGUUUAUCAGUCACAUCCCGUGUGCCAUUCAUAAAUCCUUACGGACAUUGCUCAGAUAUCAGAACCCUUCCAAUUAGGAGAAAGACAUUUAUCAUGGACAAAAUUAUAUUACUGUUUGAUAACAGAGUAAAUAAAUAUGGACUCAAACUGUAGGACCCAAUAGGUUUAUACAAUACGCAGAUGUAAUAUUUCAAAUCCUACCUUACAAUUUGGUGAAAAAUGAAAUGCACACAAUGUCAUCCAAAUGCUACCCCAAAUAUCGUCGAUCAGCUGAGAUGCAUUUGCUGUCUGAUGUUGGCUAAACUGGAAGCUUCAGUUGGGUUUGUAUUAUUUCUUAGCUACAUUAUCCUCCUAGCUCCAGUGCAAAUGAGAAAAAAACGAAGCAUGUCUGCACUAUCGAAGCUUGUUUACACCACAUAUUACUCAGAUUUAUAAUAAUGCCGCAUAUUACUCAGAUUUAUCUAGCAAUUGCAACAUAACGAUAACUUUUUAUCUUGCCAUUGUGACAUAAUAUCAUGGAAUUGGGACAGAAUUUUAAGCAAUUGCGACUUUUUAAUCUCACAAUUGUGACAUAACAUCACACAAUUGCGACUUUUUAUCUUGCUAUUGUGACACACAAUAUCCCUCAAUUAUGAUUUUAUAUCUUGGCAGUGCAACAGAACAUCACACCAUUGUCACAUAUUAUCACUAAAUUGCUACUUUUUAUCUCGCAAUUGCAACAUAACGUCUCAUAAUUGCAACAUAUCACACUAUUGUGACUCUUUUCUCUCCAUCGCGACAUAACAUCAUGCCAUUGCAACACUGCGAUGCAAUUGCAACUUUUUAUCUCCCAUAAUUGUGAGUUAUUUUCACGCAACUAGGAGAUUUUUUUCCUCCCACAAUUGCAAUUUAAUAUUUCACAAUCGUGACUUUGAUUCUCGCAGUUACUUGUUAAUAUCACGCAAUUGUGCCGUUUCCAAUAACCAAACCACAACAAUAUCCAGCAGUGUGUAAACAAGCAAUAUAAUGUAGCUGAUGUAUUCUUUUCAGCAGGAACUGCCCAGUCCAGGAGACUAUCUUAGGCUGAAUAGGACACUGUGUCUGCGGUGUUGGUGUAGGGUAGUUAGGGGUAGGUAAUAGCCUUAUAACCGCAAGUGGGAGAUAAUCUAAUAAUUCACAACCACGAGAUAAAAACUUGCAACUGUGAGGUAAAUUUGCGUUAUAAUACGAGGCAAAAACAAGCUUCCAUACCCCACUGAUAAAAUUCCUCGGAGUUAGAACAGACAUUGUGUCCAUUUCAUUGUUGCCUGAACUGUUCCUUUAAUAUUACAAUGUGAAAAUGGUUACUCUAGCAUACCUGGUUAUUAGGAGUGUUUUAAAUAAAACACUUAUUUAAAAUGAUAAAUCCACCACAUACUCUGUUAAUACAAAUUGUAGUUCAUUAAGCAAUGGCACGUCUUCACUUAACAUAAGUGAGGACAACUCGCAAAAAAAAAAAAAAAAAAAAAAAAAGAUAAAAACUGUUUUAAAAAUUCAAAGAUUAAACUGGAAUAGAAAUGUUUAAGGUGCAACAGUCUCACAUUGGACUUAGACAUGCGUUCAGUGGGUUUUGUUGUUUUUAACACGUGUAAAUGUAAUCCGAGAAACAGCCGUGGAUUAGACUGUACUACAGCGCGGGGGUUCUGCUUUUCACAGUUGUAAAGUAGCUAGCUAUUAUGUAUAAAAUAUAAAUAUAACUACCUCUGAACUAGCAUGCUCAUUUCCUUAUUUUUUUACCCAGAGUGUGUUUUGUUUCUAUUCUUUUUUUAUAUAAAAUGUAUAUGAAAAAUAAAUAAUUUUUAUAUCGA